AUGGGCAAAAUCACCUCGACGAGUAAAGAGGAGGUCUCGGUCGACACGGUCGAGAAAGGCCCGCUGCCUUCCGCCUCGUCGCCGCCGGCGUCCCCAUCAUCGCCGCGGCUCGUCCUCGAGACCCCCGAUGAAGUGGCCAUGGCACACCCCGAGUGGCGCGCGGCGGAGAAGAGCCUGGUGCGGAAGCUGGAUGUGACUCUUAUGCCGGUAAUUUGGACGCUGUACAUGUUCAAUUACCUCGACAGGAAUAAUCUCGCACAGGCCAAGUUAGACAAGUUUGAGGCGGAUCUCGGACUCGUGGGGGAGCAGUUCAACACCGCCGUGGCGAUAUUCAACGUCGGGUACAUGGUCGCCCAGUUGCCGUCCAACAUGCUCAUCACCCGCGUGCGUCCGAGCAUAUACCUCCCGUGCUGCGUGCUCCUGUGGUCCUGUGUAUCGGCCUCGACGGCCGCGGCGAAGAAUUUCUCAAGCCUUGUCGCUAUCAGAGUGAUACUGGGUAUUGUUGAGGCGCCGUUCUUCCCAGGGAUCUUCUACGUCCUCUCCUGCUGGUACACCCAAAAAGAAAUCGCCCUCCGCACAGCAAUACUCUACUCGGGCAUGCUCAUCGCGACCGCCUUCUCGGGACUCAUCGCCGCCGCCGUCUUUGCGCACCUCGACGGCGCGCGCGGGCUCGCGGGCUGGCAGUGGCUCUUCGUCAUCGAGGGCGCGGGGAGCUUCGCGUCCGCGUUCGCGGCGCUGGCUUUCCUGCCGGAUUACGUCGGGUCCCGGACGGGUAUGUGUUCGUGGCUCAUGUCAGAGCGAGAGCUGCAGGUCGCGGCGCAGAGGAUGGCGGCCGAUCGGGUUUCGGUGCCCGAGGAGACGUCGAGUGUGUGGAGGGGUUUGGGGCUUGCUGUUAAGGAUGCGAGGACGUGGGCUUUUGUCUGCAUGAUGGCCUUCUACCUCUCCUCCCAUGGCCUCAACAGCUUCUUCCCGACAAUCGUCCAGGGCUUCCGUCUAGGCUCGAACACAACGACCCUGAUGCUCACCGCGCCCCCCUACCUUCUCGCCGCGGCCGUCGCCCUCUGCGUCGCCGUCUCCUCGGACCGCCGCGCUGAUCGGGGGCUCCACAUUAUCGGCCCCGUCUGCGUCGCCAUGCUCGGCUUCGUCAUCUCGGCGGCGACGACGAACCGGCCGGCGCGGUACUUUGCGAGUUUCCUGUACCUUCCGGGAGCCUUCGCGUCGACGGGAUUGAUUUUCAGUUGGGCGGCGAGCGUGGCGAGCGAGACGCCCGAGAAGAGGGCGACGGCGACGUCGAUUGUGUGUUUGUUGGCGCAGGUUGGGAAUAUUUGGAGCCCGUAUUUUUUUAGGCCGGCGGAUAACCCGGGGUAUCUGCUUGCUUUUUUGCUUAUGAUGAUGUUUUCCGUCAUGUGUAUCGGGACGGUGUUUUGGAUGAGGUGGUCGCUUGGGAGGGCGAAUCGGAGGAUGGUGGAGGAGGCUGAGGCUGAGGGGGCGGGGAGGAGGGUGAGGUUGUAUAUACUCUGA